CUGACAAUUCACACCAAUCAAUAUCGUCGUCUUCGCUGCUGGUUGGAAUCCGUUCCCCAUAGUAUCCUCGUUCGUAAUAGGCAUUGUCAAAGCUAUGCAACCCAAACCCCACUGAACAACAUUGUGGGAUCCGGCACAGCAUCAGGCGGCAGGUUAACGGCAGCAGUCAGCAAGCCAUGAGUGUAACCAUUUCAGGGUCCAGACCAACCUAAACGCCUUCUUCAUGACCAAAACCCCGGCGGGCCAAUUGCCAGUAGAUUACUAUAAACGUUGUCUUCUUCUCGUUGCCUCGUCCCAGUUUGAUCUUUUUCUGGUUGUGCCUCCUCGACCUCUCAUGCUCACACGUUUCCAGGCUAGCUGUUUCCCCAGUGAAGUACAAGGGCAGCAUCGAGUGGCGAGUGUCAUGUGCCUUUCAGCCAUUGAUUUACCACAUCCUCUCCUGCAAUAGGUCACAUCAACAGUUACCUAUCUGGCAACAUCCUCAAUUCAUCAACAGAAAACAGCCAUAUCUAUAAGCGUGUACAAUCCAAAAAUCACAAGCCAGCACAUCAAUGCGCCCAGAAGUGGUCUCGGUGGGGCCGUCUGCCAGCAUGGAGAUCGUCGGGGAGGAGAUAGUGGAUCCGCCGAGACCAUCGCCGCCAUCAUCGUCAUCGACGCCGCCAACUCCGACCACCUUCAUCCUCGAAACUGAACCACAACCACAACAACAACACCAAACGAGCGGGUUUUUUGCCAGGAUACGCUCCUCUGUCAUGGAGUCACUUGAGAAGAGGAAGCUGGGCGGUGUAAGAGUGGAAUACACCGAGAUUCCCAGCAGCGAACUUGAGCAUGAAGAGCAGGGUGUGGAGACGGUGAAUGGUGAGCCAGCGAGCUGCAGCAAAUGCGGGCAACCAUCAUCACGGCAUGGGAGAGGAGGGCAGAGGAAGAAGGGGCUGUGGAAGUCGUGGGGGUUGCAAUUGCGGGUUACGGUGCUUGGAGUAGGAUUGUUAGCCCUCAUCCUCCUCCUCAACCUCCUCUCCGCCAUCAAAGACUCCCUCAUCGGCGCCCGCCACAACGACUACGACCCCUUUGUCAACUGGGGCCAACCCAACACCGGCACGGAGGAUCUCUCCUGGUACCCAACUGACUUCCUCCGGGACGUCAUCCCCCUCCCCUGCCACUCCCACAAUGACUACUGGCGCCGCGUCCCGUUAUUCGACGCCCUCUACGCGGGGUGCACAGGAGUAGAAGCCGACGUCUGGCUAUUCAACAACGACCUGCUUGUCGGCCACGACCUGGCUUCCUUGCAAGUAAACCGCACGUUUCAAUCCCUCUACGUCAACCCCAUCGUCGACAUCUUGGAGAAGCAAAACCCCAAAACACCGUACUACAACGGGACGCUCAAUGGAGUCUUUGACGUCGACCCUGCCCAAACUUUGGUCUUGCUGAUUGAUCUCAAGACCUCGGGUCAUGAGACUUGGCCGCACGUGCUGAGGCAACUUGAUCCCCUGAGGGAAAGGGGAUGGCUUUCGUUUUAUGAGGAUGGGGAAUUUCGCUCGAGGCCUGUGACGGUUGUGGGCACGGGGAAUACACCCUUUGACCUCAUUUUGACACCCCCUUACCCAACCACCACCACCACCACCGCUAAAUACUCCAACCUGACCUCUCCUCCUGACCGCGACGCGUUUUUUGACGCCCCGCUUGAUAAACUUCUACCCGAUUCCCCAUAUAACAGCUCAAACUCUUAUUAUGCCUCGGUGAGCUUCUUCAGGUCGAUAGGUAUUACCCAGUGGUGGAAGGGGGGCGAGCCAACAGCUGGGCAGCUGGCCAAGAUCAGGGGGCAUCUGGCGGCGGCAAAGGAAAGGGGGUUGGUGAGCAGGUACUGGGAGCUGCCUGCUUGGCCGAUUCAUGUGAGGAAUAAGAUUUGGGAGGUGCUGGUUGGGGAGGGGAUGGGCAUGUUGAAUGUGGAUGAUUUGAAGGGGGCGACGAGCGAGGAUUGGAGGAGGAUUAGGACUUGGAGGAGGAUAUUGAGGUUGUUUUGAACAGAGAGGGG